AGUACGUUGCCAGACAUGGCGUUAAAUCCAUGGAUUUUUAAUUCGCCAACUCUCACUAUAAAUACGUCGCGUUUCUUCCUUCCAUUUGCAGUUCCAUGGUUCAGUUCUUCUGAUUUCAUUCUAAUAAGAGCAACGAAGAAAAUUCCUGCUUCUGAGUUUUCGUAUAUUACGCCGAGACGGCGUUUGUCGGUGAAAGCCUUUAAGGAACGCCGGGAAAAUAAUCAAACAAGAAACUCGAACGAAACAGAACUAGAAAGAGAGUUAAAAACCAAAGAAAUGACGAUCAAACCGGCGGUGCGGAUCUCUGAACGUAAGCUCAUCGUGAAAGAUCGGACGAUCCUGACGGGAGUACCUGAUAAUGUUAUCGCGACGUCCGGUUCGUCGUCUGGACCGGUGGAAGGGGUGUUCCUCGGGGCGGUUUUCGAGGAGGAGCAGAGUCGGCAGGUGGUUCCGUUGGGAACGUUGCGGGAUGUCCGAUUCAUGGCGUGUUUUCGGUUCAAGUUAUGGUGGAUGGCCCAAAUGAUGGGUGAUAAAGGGAAGGAGAUUCCGUUAGAGACGCAAUUUCUGUUACUGGAGACGAAGGAUGGGUCCCACCUGGAAUCGGACGAUGGAAAUGAAGAGAAUCAAAUCAUUUACACAGUGUUUCUCCCUCUGAUUGAAGGAUCUUUCCGAGCCUGUCUCCAAGGCAACGGACAAGACGAACUCGAGCUUUGCCUCGAAAGUGGUGAUGCAGAUACCAAAGCGUCGUCGUUUACACACUCUGUGUUCAUCCACGCCGGAACCGAUCCGUUCGACGCCAUCGCCGACGCGAUGAAAGCCGUAAAACUCCACCUCAACACCUUCCGAUUGCGGCAAGAGAAGAAACUGCCUGCAAUCGUUGAUUAUUUUGGAUGGUGUACAUGGGAUGCCUUCUAUCAGGAGGUUACUCAAGAUGGCGUUGAGGCCGGACUGAAGUCUCUCUCGGAUGGCGGAGCGCCGCCGAAGUUCGUGAUCAUCGACGACGGAUGGCAAUCAGUCGCCGGCGAUCCAGAGGAGGAGAACGAGGAAGAAGGCGAGAAACAACCGAAGCAGCCGCCAUUGCAAAGGCUAACCGCGAUCAGGGAGAACUCGAAGUUCCAGAACAAGGAGGAUCCAAAGGAAGGAAUUAAGAACAUAGUGAGCAUCGCUAAAAACAAGUACGGAUUAAAGUAUGUGUAUGUAUGGCACGCGAUUACUGGAUAUUGGGGAGGACUACGCCCUGGCGUCAAGGAUAUGGAGGAAUACGGAUCGUUGAUGCAGUAUCCGAAGGUAUCCAAAGGUGUUUUUGAGAAUGAGCCGCUAUGGAAGACCGACGCGUUGGCUUUGCAAGGAUUGGGGCUGAUGAAUCCUAAAAGCGUUUACAAAUUUUACAAUGAACUUCACAGUUACCUCGCCUCUGCCGGAGUCGACGGAGUCAAAGUUGACGCACAGUGCAUAUUGGAGACUCUCGGCGCCGGGUUCGGUGGCCGAGUCGAGUUGACUCGGCAGUACCACCAGGCUCUGGACGCGUCGGUGGCUAGAAAUUUUGCAGACAACGGCAUUAUUGCUUGUAUGAGCCACAAUACAGAUGCUCUAUACUGUGCGAAACAGACGGCGGUUGUGAGAGCUUCCGAUGACUUCUUCCCGCGAGAUCCGGUGUCGCAUACGAUUCACAUAGCAGCAGUGGCUUACAACAGCGUUUUUCUUGGAGAGAUUAUGCUGCCUGAUUGGGACAUGUUUCAUUCCCUUCAUCCUGCCGCUGAGUACCACGCUUCAGCUCGGGCGAUCAGCGGUGGCCCUGUUUAUGUCAGUGAUGCUCCGGGGAAUCACAACUUCGAGCUUCUGAAGAAAUUAGUGCUACCUGACGGCUCAGUGCUCAGAGCACGCUUGCCUGGACGGCCAACACGGGACUGUUUAUUCUCAGAUCCAGCACGAGAUGGAGUUAGCCUGCUGAAGAUAUGGAAUUUGAACAAAUUCACUGGGGUGGUUGGCAUCUAUAAUUGCCAAGGCGCCGCCUGGAACAGUCGAGAAAGAAAGAACACUUUUCAUGACACCAACUCUGAUGCCCUCACUGGCUACGUCAAAGGACGCGACGUUCACGCCAUUUCUGAAGUUGCGGCGGAUUCCGAUUGGAAUGGCGACUGUGCAUUCUACCGCCAUCUCUCUGGGGAGCUCGUCACUCUUCCUUACAAUUCAGCACUUCCCGUUUCUCUUAAAGUCCUCGCCUUCGACGUCUUCACCAUUACCCCGAUCAAAGUUUUGGCACCUGGCUUCACCUUUGCUCCCAUCGGACUCAUCGACAUGUUCAAUGCUGGCGGUGCAAUCGAAGGGUUGAAAUACGAAGUGAAAGUUGGGUCUGAGCUUGCGGAGAACCCGAGCUCCGAGUUGGUCGGAAUUGUUCACUUGGAAGUGAAAGGGUGCGGGAGGUUUGGUGCGUACUCGUCGGCAAAGCCACGGCGGUGCACGGUGGAUUCGAGCGAAGUGGAGUUUGGUUAUGAGUCUGAGUCUGGUUUGGUGACUUUCGGAAUAGACAAAUUACCGGAAGGUGAUCUUAAAGUUCACGAUGUUAAAAUUGAGCUAUGAAUUUUAUGGAUGGGUGCAGAUGGUAUGAUUAGGUGCCGGUUAUAGGCUUCCCUUUGUUGUGGGAUGGAGAAUCUUGUAAUAUUAUGCGUGGAUUGGAAUCUAAAAUAACUCUCCUUCCUUAUC